CACCUAACCUAUAAAUAUAUUAAACAUUCUAUGUCAAUUGUCAAACUUUCGUUUUCCAUCUCCAGAUUUUUGUGUUUAAUAUUUAUUUCAACUAGCCAAACGGAUUGAAAAACAUUAAAAACAAAAGGACUAAAAGCGUCUUUUGACAUCUGAAGUAUAAAUUUUAUUUAUUUGCAACGUUUGCAACUAAUAACAGAAAAGCAUUAAAGUGUAUCUUUUUGUCUGUCAAUAUUGAACGCCAUCAUAACAUUUACAACAAAAAUGCCAUUCGAGAUUCGAAACUUAUAAAAAUUGAUUUAAGGAUUUAAUAAACUUUUAUAAAUAUCGCAAUGAAUAUUAAAGAAAGGGAAAAAUACAUUGAAGAAUUCAAUUUUCCUUUUUGUGAUGAAUCCAGUAAAUAUGAGAAAGUUGCAAAAAUUGGUCAAGGAACGUUUGGAGAAGUUUUUAAAGCCAGGGAUAAGAAAACGAGUAAAAAAUUUGUUGCUAUGAAGAAAGUUUUGAUGGACAAUGAAAAGGAGGGGUUCCCAAUAACUGCCCUGAGGGAAAUAAAAAUUUUACAAGUUCUCAAUCAUAAUAAUAUUGUUAAUCUGAUUGAAAUUUGUCGAACGAAAGGCACUCCCGGCAAUCGAUAUCGUUCGACAUUUUAUUUAAUUUUUGAUUUUUGCGAGCACGAUCUCGCCGGAUUACUCUCAAAUGUAAACGUGAAAUUUAGUUUAGGAGAAAUUAAACAAGUAAUGGUGCAAUUGCUUAAUGGACUUCAUUACAUUCACAGCAAUAAGAUUUUGCAUCGUGACAUGAAGGCUGCGAACGUUCUAAUAACAAAGACAGGGAUUUUAAAAUUGGCAGAUUUUGGUUUGGCGCGAGCCUUUAGUCCUAAUAAAAAUGGACAACCAAAUCGCUAUACAAACAGAGUAGUGACUCUUUGGUACAGACCGCCAGAAUUAUUACUUGGCGAAAGAAAUUAUGGACCACCUGUCGAUUUAUGGGGCGCUGGCUGUAUAAUGGCAGAAAUGUGGACAAGGUCACCGAUAAUGCAAGGAAAUACUGAACAACAACAACUUACUCUCAUCUCACAGUUGUGUGGUUCUUUCUCACCCGACGUCUGGCCUGGCGUUGAAUGUUUAGAUCUUUACUUCAAAAUAGAUCUGAUUAAAGGACAAAAGAGAAAAGUGAAGGAUAGAUUAAAACCAUACGUGAAAGACGCUUACGCAUGUGACUUGUUGGAUAAAUUAUUGAUACUCGAUCCAAGUAAGAGAAUCGACGCAAAUCAAGCAAUGGAUCACGAAUUUUUUUGGAACGAUCCAAUGCCCUGUGAUUUGAGUAAAAUGUUGUCACAAUACACUCAAAGUAUGUUCGAAUAUUUAGCACCGCCGAGACGCUCUGGUAAUUUGAGGCAUCCAAAUUAUCAUGUACCAGACGGUGGCAGUAAACCGAGUACAAGUGUCGUCGAUGGUGGUUAUCAAGAUCGAGUUUUUUAGCAAAUUGAACAAUUUCCGUUCUCUCGAAUAAUUAAGGCCUUGGGUAAAAAUCAUGAUGAUGAUGAUGAGCAUUUAAGGUACGAUUCUAAAUUCAGAGUCAGGUAGAAAUCAUUCUUGUCAUUACUGAAGGACAUUUUUUUCUCAAAUCAACUUUUUUAGAAAAAAAGAAAUCUCACUAAACUGGAAAUUUAGUACAAAAAAAUCAUUUCAUAAAAAUAUGUAAUUAUUCUAAUUUAUUGAAAAUUGUAAGA